CAUGUGCUAACAUUUCCUGGCCUGAAGAAGACUUUGUAUGUUCCAUCUGUCUGGAUGUGUUCUACAGGCCAGUUUCCACACCAUGUGGUCACAACUUCUGCAGAACAUGUAUUGAAAUGUUCUGGGAGAAACAAGUCCAGUUCAAAUGUCCUGUUUGUAACAAGCUUUUCUGCACAAGACCUGAUUUACGGAUCAAUUACCUUUUAACAGAGUUGUCUGCUCAGAUGAGAACAUGCGCACAAGCAAAAGAGCAGCCCUGUGUUCAACCAUCAGAAGUUCCCUGUGAUGUCUGUACUGGGACCCAGCUGAUGGCCGUGAAGUCAUGCCUGGUAUGCCUCAUCUCUUACUGCCACACCCACCUUGAGCCACAUCAGAGAGUCACAGGCCUUAAGAGACAUCAGCUGGUCAACCCUAUGCACUGUCUGCAAGACAGGAUCUGUAUGAAACACGACCGACUUCUGGAGCUCUACUGCAAGACCGACCAGGUAUGUGUGUGUCAGUUCUGCACGGAGGGCGACCACAAGAACCAUCCUGUCGCACCUCUCAAGGAGGAGUAUGACGUGCAAAUGGCCAAACUGAAGACAAUGGAGUCUGAGGUUAAGCAGAUGAUCCAGGAGAGACAGAGAAAGAUUCGGGAAAUCAAAGACAUUGUUAAUUUCAGCAAAGAAGACGCAGAGAGGGAGAUAGCUGACGGCGCACGGGUCCUCCAUUCUCUGAUGCUCUACAUCGAAAAGUACCGGGAUGACUUCAACCAAAUAGUGAAGUACAAACUGGCCUCCACAGUGAGACGGGCUGAAGGCCUCGUCAAAGAGCUUGAGCAGGAAAUAGGAGAUCUGAACAACAGAAGCUCAGAGGUGAGUCAGCUCUCACACAUCGAGGACCACCUCCACUUCUUCCAGACUUUCAGAUCCCAGAAGAAACCGCCACACACCAGGGACUGGACCAAGGUGGAGGUCCGUCCUCAACAAUUCGUAGGGACCCUGAGGAGAUCCCUGGAUCAACUGGAGGAGCCACUGAACAUGGAGUUGAAGAGGCUGUGUGAUGCUGUUGAACUGGAGAGGGUCCAGCAGUAUGAAGUCAAUGUGACUCUGGAUCCUGAAACAGCUCAUCCUAAGCUCGUUCUCUCUGAGGAUGGGAAACAAGUACACGAUGGAGGUGUACGCAAGGAAGUCCGAGACAACCCUAAGAGAUUCACACACUAUCUAAAUGUUCUCACGAGGCAGAGCUUCUCGGGGAGGUUCUACUUUGAGGUUCAGGUUACAGGCAAAAACGCAUGGUGCUUAGGAAUAGCCAGAGGGUCGGGUAACAAAAAAGGUGGCACGACGUUGCUCCCUGAGCACGGCUACUGGACUAUCGACUUCAAAAAGGACAGGUUGAUAUUCAAUGCCAAGCCGGUUGUUUGUCUCCCUCUGAGAGCUGAGCUCCAGAAGGUGGGGGUGUUUGUUGAUUACGAUGAGGGCCUGGUGUCCUUCUAUGAUGUGGGAGCCAGGGUCCAUCUCUACUCCGGUACCGGCUUCACCUUCAGUGAGCCGAUCUAUCCUGUGCUCUGUCCGUGUUUACAUGAUGGUGGUAGAAACUCCGCCCCCAUGAUCAUCUCUCAGGUGAACAGCUAAUGUUUUUUCCUGAAGAGAAUCUCUGCUAUGUUCAUGAUGUAUGUGAUAAAUUAUUAGAUUACACAUACUGUGUUGUUAAAAGUAUUUCUCCUGAAUGCAUGUAUUUAUGCUAAAUGCUUUAAAUGAAAAAAAAGUUAAACAGUUGUAAUCAUUAGGUUGUCGGGUUUAUGUGGGACUUAUUGAUAAUAUGUUUUUCAAAGACAAAACGUCUUUACUUUUAUUCUACUGGAAUGCUUCUAUGAAUGCAACAC